GUCCCAGUCCUCCCUCCACGAAGACAGAAUCCCAGAACUAUCAACUCUUCACAGUCAAAUAAAUCAACAAACCAUCAAUUCUCGCUCCACCAGCACCACCACCGCAAACAUGCAAUUCUUCACCGUCGCCAUCAUUGCCCUUUUCGGCCUCACCGCCAACGCAUGCAAGUGCUCCAACGACAGACUCGCCACUGAGUCCUGCUGCGCUCAACUCCAAGGCAACUAUCUCCCAGAUCAGCAAGAUUGCCAGGCCGCCUCCAUCUCCGAGCGCCUCUCUACUUUCGCCUCUUGCUGCAGUGAAGGUGGAUUCGACAGCGACUGUGACUGCCCAUCUGGCUGUUAAAUAGCCUCGAUAUGAGAAAUGGAUUGAUAGUGGCGGCACGAUAUUGAUCUAUGCUGGAGGCAACUCGUGGUUUUUCCGGGAGAUAAUGUAUCAUGAGAUCAGGUCAUAGUCAAUGAAUCGACCAGUAGCCCAGCUACACUGUCCGCCAAU